UGUCGUUGGUUUUUCUGUAGAUCUAUUUGAUGCAAAUUGCGAGGGCUUAGUAGGUUGGUAGAGAGUGUUGCCCUUCAGUGAUCUGUUUGUCUUUUGUUCAAAGGAAAAGGGGCAAGAGCGUAUUUGAGAGCGCUCCGCCUCUCCCGCUCCUAUUAAUCAAUGGUCUUGCAAGUCCGGGGAAAAACUUAUUUAAUAACAAGGGCUGCGUCAUCAAGUUUAACGUCUAUUUGUGUAUUGGAACCCGGUGCGAAGUCCGAAUCUCAGAAACGAAAAUGCGUUUGACCUCCUCGAGAACUCGAACUCGCGCCGCCCUCCUCGCGGCGCUCGGGCCGCUGUCCUCCUGCUUCACGAAUUUUCCCUCUCUACUUCUCGUCACCGCCAAAGCAGAGGACGAAAACACCGCGAUAUGGGAGUUGAAGGUCAACCACUUGGUGGACCAAGCCGUGGAUGAUAAACAGCCGAAGACGAUCAAGAUCAAGCUGCACAAGGAGUGGUCCCCGGCCGGGUUCCAGCGCCUCAUCGACAUGACCACCGCGGACUACUUCAAGGACCUACGAUUUUUCCGGACCAUCCGCGGCUUCAUGACCCAGUUUGGGAUCUCCGGCGACCCGGCGGUCAGCGCGGAGUGGCAGGCCAAGCCGGCGUUACCCAUCGAAGACGUGAAAAAAUCGAACCAGCGGGGCUAUCUGACCUUCGCCAUGGACGGCCGGAAACACCGGACCACGCAGCUGUUCAUCAAUUUGGUCGACAACACGUUUCUCGACUCCCAGGGAUUUGCCCCGGUGGGCGAAGUCAUCGAGGGCAUGGAGCACGUGGACAAAUUGUAUUCGGAAUACGGGGAGGGCGCACCAAGCGGCGACGGUCCCCGACAGGAUCUGGUCCAGACGCAGGGAAACGUAUUUUGUUUUCGUACACAUGAUGUUAUUUUUCUAUAAUACGAUUUGAUGUUUUGGUUUUCGUAGUGUGGAUGCUUUUGUUCGAUCAUGCUAAUGCUAUGAUGCAUUACGUGCUGCAUGACAGAUAGAACAGUUUUUGAAUGAAUUUUGAUUUUCACAACAGAGAUACCUGGACGACAAGUUUCCCUUACUGUCUCACUUGGAAAGCGCGUCCAUCCAGCUGGGCAGCGGCACUAUCACAGGUGACAAAAACUCCCAAGAUGUGCUUAUGAUCAAGGGCACCAGCACCACAGCUCUGCAUUUUGUAUGACAAGUUCUAGCGCCUCCCUGCGAAUUAAAGUUUGGAAAUUUAUGCAGGAGUAGAUUUCUUUUUCCAGUCGGUCCUACAUACUGGGUGCUCGUGGGGCCAUGCAAAUACUUAACUAGCGGUGACUGGGAGCCGUUGUCAGACUUGAUAGCCUCUGUUAGUGCGGCUCCGGUUAUCACACAGAAAAAAGCAGGCAGGUCACAUUUGUAAUGCAAAACUAAAUACACAAAAAAAAAUCUGCAUUGCGUAUCCUAAUCAGCAUGCUAUGGGCCCGCCCAUGACAAAUUUUUCUGUGUAUUUAUUUUUGCAUUACAAAUGUACCCUGCCAGCUUUUUUCUCUGGGAUACCAGUGCCAAAAGCGAGCCCCCCCAGUUUUAUCCAGGAAAUUUACAUGCCACUUGACCAUAUGGACGAUACGCAAAUGAAAAAGAUAGUACACAAAUCUCUCCGGCGCACUUGCUGCGCCAUGGCAUGACAAAAAUUCGCGGCUACAUCAAAAAUGUUCGUGAUCUUUAAUCUCCUAGUCAAAACACAGUUGUAGCCACAUCGGGACGAGGUUUUCGCCUGGAUAAGCCUGCAGCCUGCGAUGGAAAGUGGCAACAUUGCCCCGGCGGACGCGAAAAAAGAACAAACGUCCACUAGCAACUCCUGGAUCCCGUCCCUGUGGUCGCUGCUCGCGCUCUAUUGUGAGGAAAAAUCUCCCCUUCCCAUAUCGACAAGGAAACUUGUGAUGCUGAUUUGUGGUCACAAAUUCAGCUUUGUCAUGCUAGAAGGGAAAAGAUGCGGACUGAAGUUCUGGGUGGCGUAGGAAAGCCUUGCGUCUACUUCAGCAGCACAGGAGGCAGCUGGAGGUGGGACACGGCAUCACAGAUUGCCUGCAAACGAGGCCACAGCUGCGGCUCUUGGCCUUCUAGCAAUAUAAAUCGAUUUGUGUACUCAAAUACAGCAUCACAGGUUUCGUAUACGAUAUGGGGACGGGGGAUGUUUCCUUUCAAUACGCUCUGCUUCGUCGCCGGGCUUCUGUUCAUUUUCCGCAAGCGGCUCUUCGGCGACGCAAACAACCGCAGCAGCUACGCCAAAUCGGGCGUGGGCUAUUCCCCGAGCACGGGCGCCGCAAGAACGAACUCGGCCCGGGAGAGGGACUUUGCGCUGUGAUGAAAAACUAGUGAAAUGCUGAUGAGAAGUUUUUGGAUAGACAGAAGUACACCACCUCCGGACGAGAUUAAGGCUAGAAGCUGGUUUAGUGUCCUCACUUUUUUCACAAAAAGAAAGAAAGCAUGGCAGCAUCAUGAUGAAUGUGUCGUGCUAGCUUCUUGUAAAGUAGCAACGCCUUCCACCACCAAACUUUUUUGAAGAAUCCACACCGGCCAAUGUGAUACAUAGGACAGUGACUCGCGAGAAGUAGAAGAACCGAAGGUGUACUUCACGCGCACUACAACUGCUAGGUGUG